GUUGCCCAUGUUUUUGUAGUGUAAUGUGAUAGAUUGAUUUCGUAGUAGUCGACAUAUCAAUUUCUCGAUGAAACUCGAGGCGCCGAGGAGUUAGCCGAGAGGUCUUUCUUUGAGUGGAGGCAUGAUGCAAACGAGGCUUGUUGCCUCCCAGUAGCCGCCGUCCACACAUAAUUCAUCGCCGCUCAAGACAUUUAUAUUACUCUACCAACUACCUGCUGACCCGUUCCUCUCAACGACCCAAUCACAUAUCAUGCCUCCAACGGAUCUCAUGAAGAAAUCCUCUACUGCUACUACCACUAACUCACCCGUAAAUGUCAAGCUUCUACUAAUCGGGAACGCCUCAGUAGGGAAAAGUAGUUUACUCCUACGCUUCUCGGACGAGCAAUGGCUCCCUGAGGACGAAGCGAGCGCAACGAUAGGCGUUGAUUUCCGUGUGCACAAGAUGGAGGUCAACGGACGGAAAGUGAAACUCAGUAUAUGGGAUACAGCUGGCCAAGAACGAUUCCGUACGAUCACAUCCUCAUACUACCGUGGUGCUCAAGGGAUCGUACUUGUGUAUGAUGUAGCAAACCGCGAGACAUUCGAAGCGCUUCCGAAAUGGUUUUCGGAAAUCGACACCUAUGUCUCAAUCACAGUGCCGAAGAUUAUUGUUGGAAACAAGGUCGAUAAGGAAAACUCUCGACAAGUCUCCACGGACGAGGGUUCCACUUUUGCCUCUCGUCAGAAUGCCCUCUUCGUUGAGGCCUCUGCAAAGACGGCUAUAGGGGUACGCGAGGUAUUCGAGGAGCUGGUGGCGCGGAUUCUUGAGACCCCAGAAUUAUGGGCACCUGUUGCACCGGAAGCUGGUGUAAGUUUUGGGAAGCGGGGUGAAGAGGACGGCAUGCCGGGAACGAUCAAUAUAGGGCGUGACACGACUGCACAGGACGACGGGAGUUGCGGAUGCUAGAUUCUGUGUUUAAGCGGCUGUCACUGUGAUGCCGUUUCGCAUGCAGCGGAUAGAACCCACAGGGGUCGGUGCGCCCACUAG